AUGAUAAUGCGACCUUUUUUUUGUUUGCUGUUUUUUCUGGAGAUUGUUUCUUCUUUAUGCGUGUCCGCUAACUCGGAUCCACUUUCUAGAGGUACUUCUCUUGCUUCUGGCGAAGAUCCUGAGGAACCGUUAGGUACUCUGCGUAUUAUAGAGGUACAUCCUCGAGGCAGUGGUGUUCCCAAUCCUCCUCGAGUGGGAGGUGUUGGAGGAGAUCGUGCUGUAGAGACUGUUCAUGUGCAAGAACAGCAAUUGGUGAGAACAAGUAAAGAACAUCGACCACAAGAGGAAAGCACUGAAGGUGCAAUGAAGACAGAUAAAGCGAACACUGAUGAUGCUCCUGAGACGUUAACGCCCACCGUUGAUGUUAAGCCCACACCGACACAGAUCACAGAUCCAAAAUCAAAAGUACCACAAGGAGAAAUGAACCCUACUUUGCCACAAGAACAGAAACCCAACGAGUCCCAGGACCCUCAGGAAAGAGACAUUCCAUCUGAUCCCAACAGCGUAUCCAACACAAAUACAGUCCCCAAGGAAACUGAAGAUUCAGGGGCCUCUUCUACCACACCUUCACAGACAAGCGCAGAUACAACUGCAUCUGAUGGCACUCCUGGUAACUCAAGCCAAGAAGAUAUUAAGAAUAUUGAGGCCAACGGUACUGAGUCUCCCGAUACAACAAAGAAUACAUCAAAGAACAUAAACACUGACCUUCCCAAUACAACCAGUAAUAAUGAGGAAUUAACCUCUACUCCAUCUCCUGUUCCUGUAUCCAACGCAGGGAUCACUACUAUUGCUUCCGCAGUACAGACGAACAAGCCCAUUGUUGACAGCAGUGUCAGUCCUGUGUGGAUGUGCACUGCAGCACCGCUGCUGAUUGUGGCUGUGUUGUUCUCCGCUACUGUGUACUGA